AUUUGUUAUAAAACUUUUCAUUAAUGGAAAUAUACAAUAGAAAAUGGAUGUUCAGCAUUGAAUUACGAUACACAUUGUAUGUAUAUAUGAAGAGAUUUGAAUUGUAAACUCAGUAUUGUUCUUAAAAUGAACGAAUGACAUUCUUGUCAAAUUGUGAGUGUCACAGUGAUUUUAAAGCUGAUACAUAAAAAAUGAAAUUAAUUGCAUUGAUUUGGAUAAUAUUAGAACUAAAAUCCGUCUCUCUGAAAUGCAUUUUUGAAUAUGAUUUCUUCAAAGGAAACGAAGUAAUCUGCUCCGAACUGGAACAAGCUAAUAUCUAUAAAAUAUUUUUGGACAUCGAAAAAGCUACAUACCAUCCGCAGUAUGACAUAAGAGAGAGCUUUUUUAACCUGAGAUUGGAGAAUUCAUUUCUACCUAUAUUACCCAACAAUUUUAUAGGAGACUAUGAGAAAAAAAUUAAAAAAUUGUAUCUGAACGGAAACAGCAUACAAAAGCUGACUCAGUUUUCACUGUUUCGCAUUUCGGGACUGAAGGAGUUGCACCUGGAAAAUAAUUCACUGACAAAAAUAUUGCCGAAGAUGUUUACAGAAAUGGAGUUCCUUCAAGUAGUUAACCUGGCCAAAAAUAACUUGAAAACAAUCGACGAAACUUUAUUUGAAUUCAACACAGAACUGAGGCGCCUUUAUUUGAACCAUAAUCGUCUAACCGUUCUGCCUCACAAAUUACUGUCGGAACAUACAAAGCUUGAAUUGUUGGACGUGUCUUUUAAUAAUCUUCUCAAUAUUCAAACUGAAUUCUUUCGAAACUUGUCGAAUUUAAGUUACUUAUCUUUAAGUCAUAAUCGUAUUCAAGUAUUGCCCGCAAAUUUGAACCAAUACAUUCAAAAUAUCAAAUUUUUUGACAUUUCUUCAAAUCCAAUUCUUAUGGACGACACAUUGCUCAAGUUUCCGGUAUUAGAAACGUUAAAUAUAUCUUAUACCGAAAAUGGAACCUUUAAUUUAGAUCGGUUAAAAAAUAUAUCUUUUUCAAAUGUUUCGUUGGUAGGAUUAAAUAUUAAAGAGUUCAAGCCAUUGGGCAAGAGAAAUUUGACGUAUUUGAAUUUAGCCCAUAAUAACCUUACAACAAUAAUUUUUGAUGUGAUAAAUACCUAUAACAAUUUGACAUAUUUAAACAUUAGUUUUAAUUUUAUUAGUCAUUUGGACCCUAAACUCUUUUUAAACUUUCAUAAAUUGGAAACUGUAGAUUUAAGAGCAAAUAAUUUGACAAAAAUCGAUAGCUUGUUAUACAAUCUUACUAAACUGAAGUAUUUGGAUAUAUCUGAGAAUUAUAUAAAAAAUAUAUAUUUAAAUGAGUUGAGUUGUUUAAAUAAAUUAGAGUAUUUAAAUUUGAGUAAAAACAAUAUUAGUAACAUAGAAAUAAAUCGGACGAGUGAAACAAGUCCAUUCACAAAUUUAAAUAAUUUAGUUUACCUCGAUCUUAGUAAAAAUUAUAUUAAAAAUUUAUCUUCUUUCUUUUCUAGACAUUUUUAUUAUUUGAAAUAUUUAGAUUUACAUAACAAUUUAGUUACCGAGUUAAAUCAAACUGACAUAUCUUAUUUAACUAAUUUAGAAUAUUUAGAUAUAUCCAACAACUUAAUAAUUAAAUUCCAUUUUGGAUUGUUUGAGAACCUCGAAAAACUGAAACAUUUAAAAUUGUAUACAACAUAUACAUCAAAAGCUUUCUUGCUAGUUAAAGUGGCAUUAAAUAAUUUAGAAGAAUUGUGGAUAAACGCAAACAAAGAUACUUAUUUCUUUAUGAGAAUGUAUAGAAUGGGUCCUAAUACAAAGAUAGUGGUAAGAAACAUUGAGAAAGUAGAGUGUGCGUCAAUACUCUAUGCAGUGCUUGCAAUGAGAAAACUUUCGAUUUCCGUUCUUCCCAUUGAUCCAGUAAAGGAAACAGACAAUGUAAAUGGAAUCGAAUGUUACAGUAAACUAUGAGGAUCACUUUAAGGUGGUAUAAUUAAUCACAUAAUUUUGUGGAUAUUUUGUUGAAUUGU